AUGCAAAAUUCCAUCACUGAGGGAAUGAGAAAAUUCAAAUUUGACUCGUUGUCAUUGCGGAAAUAUCUGAUUUCGCCAGAUGAUAAAAAUUUUGCUGAGGUUGGAAACAAAAAUUCACCAAGAAAAUAUUUUUUGGUGUUGGCGCAAAAUAUUUCUAUGAGAAUUUUCUAUGUAAUGGAAAGCAAAUCUCGGGAUUACGAUCAGUUAUUGGUGACACCAUUCAAGUGUUUUGCAAACAUCAGCUUUUUUUCCAACAGAUCUUUUAUUACGCAGUCCAUUCUUUUGGUUGUUGAUUGA